UUUGAGAAGCUCAGAAGCCAUGGAGACUGGAAAGGUGGUGAGCACAGGGGUUGCUGUGGGCCAGGCAGCUCCGUGCCCUCAGGGGGCUCACUCUGUCUCCUGCAUCCCACCUGCCAAACUGACUGUGGUGGUAGAAGUGGUGUCGGGUCAGGGAUCAGGCCCCAAGGAGACCCAUGACCCCACAUUUGUUUUGGAGGGACCCAAGAGCCUUCGCCUACUUCAGUCAGGCACCCUGGAGCCUCAGGAGCACGGCUUCACCUUUGACAGAGUGCUGGGCCCCGGCGCAGCUCAGGAAGCAGAACAGGAGCUAUUGACACAAGUGCAACCCAUGCUGGCCUCUGUGGGACAAGGGUACAGUAUAGCUCUCCUGCUCCAGGGCCAGGACACAGAGGCGCCCAGGUUUGUGCCUCAGGUCCUGCAGAUGCUGUUUGAGGAAGCUUUGCCUCUCUGCAGCUCUGACCCUGUGCUUUGCACGCUCAGUCUGGUGCAGAUUAGCCGCAGUGGACAGGCUCGGGACCUGCUUUCCCCAUGUCUGGAGGACCUGCCAGUACUGGAUGUGGCCCCUCUGGGCUUGGUGGUGAAGGACGCCAGCGAAGUGGAAGUGUCUGAUGCCCGAGAUGCCUCUGAGCUGUACCUAAAGGCUGCUGGGAGCGAAGGCAGGGCCUGCUCUCUGCUCACCCUUACCAUGUCCUUCCCUGGACCUGAGACCCAGCAACUGUGGCGAGGUUCCUUGAGGAUCAUGCAGCUUCCUGGAGACCCAGACUGCCCCCUGCUGCAGGUACUGGGUGGUGACCCUACUGGUGAGGAGGCGGAGGGCUCUCUGCCUUGGAUCAUCUCCUGGCUCCUGGAGGCAAACAGCUACAGUGGAGUACUUCUUCGUCUGGACCCCCGAGGUAGCCGAGAGUGGAGGUGGGGUCCUUCGGAAAGUUUCAGCUUGCUUCAUGCUCUUAAUCAACCAGUCCCCGCCCAAUUGUAGACCAGUCAGAGAAUCUUAGGUUCUGAGUGGGGCAGUACUCAGGAAACCAUCAUCAUCAGCACGACACGGCCAGAAGACUCAAGGGCAAAGCUAAUAGGGAAACCAACCUCAAAACCUUAACCUCAGAGAUUUUCAAUAACUCACCAACUUCUUCCUCUCCUGUCUUUUGGGACAGAGUUUCCCAAUGUAGCUCAGGUUGUUUUUGAAGUAUAUAUGUAGUCCAGGCUAGCUAGAACUUAUCACCUUUCUGUCAGCUUCCUGAGUAUGGGGGUUAUAGUUGUUUGCCACCACAUUCAGGAUUUUUUUAAAAAAAUUACUUAUCUUAUUGAUAUGAGAACACUGUAGCUGUCUUCAGACACACCAGAAGAGGGCGUCAGAUUCCAUUACAGAUGGUUGUGAGCCACCCUGUGGUUGCUGGGAAUUGAACUCAGGACCUCUGGAAGAGCAGUCGGUGCUCUUAACUACUGAGCCAUCUCUCCAGCCCAACAUCCAGGAUUUUUAUCAAGCAUUUUGACACCUGUUCUCUUCAACAGGGUUUUGCUGUAGCCCAGGCUGGCCUUGAACUCCUGGAAAUCUGCCUGCCUCAGCAUCCUGAGUGCUGGGAUUGCAGGAGUAGGCGGCCACAUCCCGGAACAUAGAUCUGAUUCACAAAUGAGAGAGAGGCCGGCCUAAUUCGUAGAUGAAGAGAGGACACUAACCUGUUUUCACAUACCCAUGGUGGACGAGGCCUCUGAGCUGUAAUGCCAGAGAUUUGGGAGGAGGAUACAGUGGGGGACAUAGAUUAGACAGCAACGAAGCUGAGCACGGUGACACACACCUGUAAUGCCAACACUUGGGAGACUGGGGUAGGAGUACUGCAGACUCAGGCCAGAAUGAGUUACACAGCCAGAUAGUCCUGUGUAGAAGACGCUGGAAAAUACCACCAUCAUCAAAUAGCUUCACGGUAAGGCCUUGGAGUUGAUUCACAACAAGUGAAAGUGUGUGUAGGGGAACAGUAGUUAAAGCUGGAGGUAGACAGCUGACCCUCUGUCUCCACAAACAACAAACAUUCAUUUGGCUAACAGUUCCCAGACUUCCUCCUAUCCUUAGCUUGAUGGAAGAAAGUAAGUUGGAGCAUCUCAGACCCUCAAGAUUUUAAUCAGAAUAUACAACUGAUCUAUGUCUGCAGGGAGGAUAAACUUGUGCUUAUCCGCAGGUAAGUUUUAUGUUCUGACUAAUGGUGCAGGCUUUAAGAGGCAGACAGUUUAGAGUUGAUGUGGAUAAAAAAAUAACUCCGAGAGCAGCCUGAGCACAAGGCCAUCAAGCACAGUGAAAGUCAAAUAGGAGUAAUUAGAGGACAAGAAGAUGAUGGUGGUGAUGAUGAUGGUGGUGGUGAUGAUGGUGGUGGUGGUAACAGUGAUGAUAGUAUGAUGAUGAUUUUAGACUGGGGAUUGAACCUACUACUCAUAGCAGGCAAAUCUACUCCUGAACUACAUCCCUAGCCUCUUUGACUUUUUAUUUUGAGAUGGGUUCACUACGUUUCAAAACUAAACCUUGAACUUGCUAUUGUGCCUUGUCCACCAGAGUAGCUAAGGUGACAAGGCUACUAGACCUGGCAAGGGUUAGGCUGAUUUUGAUAAACAGUCCACGAUAGAAAUCUAGAGUACUACAGCCAGUGUGCUCAGCGGUUCAGGAAAGAGUUGUCUAGUGUGUGUUUCUUUCUAGGUAGCUCCCCAAGUUUGCUCCAGAAUGUUCUGUUGGGGGCCUCAAGAAAGAGGGUGCAGGUGAAUGACGUGAAGCCCACCCUGUGGAAUGCAAUAGAGGAGAUGAGGGCUCGCAGGGCCACCCUGAAGAUGCUGCGCUCAGGCCUUCUUGG